AUGGCAUCUCAGGAGGGCUCGAGGUCCAACACCCCGGCUGGCGCUGCCAGCAACGGCGACGACGACGCCAGCUUCCCUCAGUAUCCCGGCAGGGCGACCGGCCCGCCCAGCAUAAUCUCCUCGAGAAUGACAGACAUUGGGACCGAAGACGGACGCGAGAUCGAGGCACAGAAUCCAAACAGGCAGAGUCUGGCCACCUCGCAGACCGGCACGGUCAGGUCGCAGAUCUCAUCGCAAAGGGCUCCCGGCGCCUGGCCGCAACCAAUGCCCCUUCGACGUGGACUCUCUGGGAAACGAGGAAGUGUGGCUGCUAGCAUCGGCUCAAGCUCUGUUGCGACGGGAGGGCGGCCUGCCAGUGCAGCAGGCCGGAGCCAUGUUCCGUCCGUAUCCUCGCACUCCUUCUUCCGCCCCAUGAGCUCCCAGAAGCUACAGGCGCAACGGGGUGUGGCGAGGCCCUCGACCAUGAGCCGCCCACCGGAGACGGCCGAGACUCUCUCACAGGAAGUCGGCCCCACCACCAUCGGGGCCAAUGUUGUACGCCACAGUAUUCAGUCCCAAUCGACUUCGCGCCGGUAUACGGGAGAUGAGCAUCCGCCUCCGUCACGCGGAACCGAAGUGACAGCCCCCGAAACUUUCGAUCGCGCCACGGCGAACACCAGUGCGAACGGCCACUACCCCCAAGGCAGCGUGUCCGACAGCGUUCGUCCUCUGAACAGGCAGAGGGAGACGGCUGAGAAUAAGGGACUGGCUGUGAACCUGGACAAAAGCUACAAGAAUUCCGGGCAGGCGUCCCCCUUGACUCCUCGGUCGUUUAGGUCCAGUUUUCUGUUGCCUGGGAGAAGCAAUCAGGGGGAGAAUGCAUCGAAUCGCAACAUGCAAGGCGGCGAGAAACUCGAGUCCGUUGCCUCGUCCCCACGAUUCGGUGACGGGGCCACCGAUCCAAGACCAAAUACGGCUGUUGCUCCCAAAGCUGGCAGACAGGAGAUGGGUCGCAAUUGGGAGUACUUUCUUGGGAACACCGUCUUUUGCAUGGGCGGCAGACUCCAGAACACGAAAGCUCGUCCCGUCAACAUUGCCACGGGUGCUUUUGUUGUACUGCCUUGCAUACUGUUCUUCGUCUUUUCCGCGCAUGAUCUGUGGCACGACGUCUCGCCGGCUGUCCCACUCAUUUUUGCCUACUUGGCCUUCAUUUGCGUCUCAUCUUUCCUCCACGCUUCAACUUCUGACCCUGGUAUACUACCUCGCAAUCUGCAUCAAAACCCACCCCCUGACAUCAACGAGGACCCUUUGAGGCUGGCCCCUCCCAGCACUGACUGGACGUUGAUCAAAUCGGCCGAGUCAUCGACAGCCGCAAUGGAAGUGCCGACCAAGUACUGCAAGACUUGCCAAAUCUGGCGCCCUCCUCGCACUCACCACUGCCGGAUGUGCGACAACUGUAUCGAGACGGCAGACCACCACUGUGUCUGGCUCAACAACUGCGUGGGUCGACGCAACUACCGUUACUUCUUCACGUUCGUCUCCUCGGCCACCCUGCUCUCGUUGUACCUCAUCGGGGUCUCUCUAGCCCAGAUUCUGGUAUACAUGAACACUGAGGGGGUCACAUUCGCCCAGGCGAUAAACCAUGAUGCCGUGCCGUUUGCCAUGGUCAUAUAUGGCUUUAUCGCUUUCCUAUACCCGGCUGCGCUGAUGGGCUAUCACAUGUUCCUCAUGGCGCGCGGAGAGACAACACGCGAGUUCCUCAACAGCCACAAGUUCCUCAAGAAGGACAGGUACAGGGCGUUUACCCAGGGAAACUGGUUUACGAACUGGGUUGUUGUGCUAUGUCGUCCCCGGCCGCCGACGUAUUACCACUUCAAAAAGAGGCAUAAUGAAGGAGACCAGCGACUGGCAAACUUGAGGAUCAAAGAGCGCCGGCGCAAGGCCAAAGAGCAACAACAAGAAGGUGUAGAGCUAGACGAGGUGCGACCGCAGACAGGUUUCCAGGGGCCAAGUGCGCUGAGGAAUGAGGCCCGCCCGCCAACGACGGCAUGA